GGUGCUGCUGGUGUCUGCCUGGCCUUUAGGUGGCUUUGGCACAUCGCGCGUUGUCGCCACAAUUGUUCCUCCCGGGCUUGGGGAGUGGCAACACCUGGUCAUCCGGACCUGCCCUGGUGCAGGGCUUGUGCUGCCUGGCUCAGCCAUGUGUGUUUCUGCUGGUUAGCUUUGGAUCAUGUUCUUGGCAGGGCAUGAGGGUCUUGUAAGAGCUCCAGAAGAGAGUCUGGAACAUGGCACGCUGUAUGUGCCUGAGAUGGGAACCUGAAAGGUGAAUGUCAUGGUAGAAGUCAUUAGAAAUGCGUGACUUGUGUUUUGUUUCCAUCAACGAGAUGGACUCUGGUUUCUGGUAUUGUGGAGCCGUUGGGAACAGUUGAAAAGGCCCAAUUUCAGCAACUUCUUCAGCUGGAAGCUUUCGUUUAUCACAACUUCCUCCAGCUCCCAGACUCUGCCUGUGUUAGCAGUAAUAGCAAGGGUGCAAGGAACUCAUAUCCCUUUGCCAGCAUUUAAGGGUUACAACACCCCUCAUGGGUUACAGGCUGUGCUUGUGCGUGUGAGAAAGCUGAAACACGGAGGAGUUGGUUGGUUGAUGUUGUGCAGCAAACAAUUGUCAGGUUUGGGAACAGAGCUGUGCACAGUGCUGGUUUUCAAGCUUUUGCUUUAACCACUGAAUAUAUGUUUUCCCACUAGGUAGUUCCUCAGGCAAUACUGUAAACUUGCCCAAAAGCUGAUUGGAAGUUUCCACCAAGGUUCUCGAGUCUCCCAUCAGAUACUUUUCUCACUCUGUGAUGUCUCUCUGUGGUGAUACUAUUUUACUCCCAGAAUGAGAAAUGGCUUUACAUUCAUUUUUCUCUUAAGUUUCUUUGCCUGAACUCCUCUUUCUCUCCCUCUGGCUAUUGCUUCUGGUUGUAUCUAAGGUUCUGCUGAGCCUGAAUGAUGGCAUAUUGCUCUGGUGCUCUUCUGGAGAUGGGAGCCCCCAAAACUGCAGCCUGUUUUUAUCACCACAUGUGCAUUCUGCUUUCCUAUCUCUUCUCUUGCUGACAACUCCUUUCAUCAUCAGCCCUGCACACAAACAAGGUUAUCCCCAGUUCAGAUCACAUUAGUGUAGUUCUGCUUCCAAUACUUUUCCCUGUGAGUCUGUUUUGUGGGAGAGUGUGUGUGAGGUGGGCAUUGGACAAUUUAAAAGCUCAAAGAAGUCUUUAUUUCAUUAAGGGAAGGGCCCACGCCAGGGGAUUCUUUAGCCCCAGUGGUUGUUUAAAGCUUGAUCCUUGUAGUUCUCACAUAACCAGAACAAAUCCAUGGAUGGUAGGAAAAUCCAUGGUUCUCCAGUGACAUCUGGAUGCACAGAAGAUGCUGAUUUUUUGUUAAUUAAGUGCUGGUUUUUAUUAGCACCUCUGGUAGGGAAGGGGAUGCUCUGUAGUGUCUCAGAGGCCUGAAGAGUUAGGUGUGGGCAUUUUCAUCCCUUGCUGGGGACAGUUCAUGGUACAGCUACAUCCAUCUAAUGGUUUGUGUAAGUAAAAGUCACAUUAAUCAGGGGUUCAGAAAUAUCUAAGAAAAGGCAUUGUCAAAGCAGCAUAACUGUGUGUCUGGUAUGUAGAGUUGGAUGAACAAUGAACUGCUGUUGAAAGAAUGAGUGAAUCAGUGCAGGCAACUGUGUGGCAGGAUAGGAGAGAUCAAUGUACAAAGUGGAAGCUGAUAAUAUGAAAAAAAACUUUAUUUGAUUUUUGUAUUUGGUGGAGGUAGAAGUCAUAGGAUGGUAAACCAAGUAAAGGGAAUUCAAAUAUUGUAACCUAGGGUUUGAGGAAGAUAAAAAGCCAGGCUCUUGAUUUUUAGGGAUUGUUCAGUGCUUGAAUGGUUUUCCACACUUUUCUAAUGGGUCCCCAGUGUUUUCCUACCUGUUCAUGACCUGAAUUUGACACUUGUGGGUGUGUGGAAGGAGGAACUAGGGACAGAGCUGGGGUGCAGCCCUGUCCCAGGAGCUGAAGGAGAGCAGAGAUGGCCCCACGGCACAGCUGAGACUCAGAUCCUGAUUUGCAGAAGGCUGCUGGAAGCUGUGAUGGAAACAUCAGUGGGCACAGCAGCAGAGUCUGACCUGGUACACCAAAGGGACGCAGCCCCAGCCUGGUUCUGUGUGUGCUGGAGUGACUGGCACUGGGUGUGAGUCCCCAGCAAACCUGCCAGCCUUUGGUUUGCUCUCCCAAGCUCUCAUCUGCAGGCACAGUUUGACACACUUACCUGCUGCAGGAUUUUUCCCCAUCUGUCUUGAAGGGCAGUUUGGGGGUUACUUUUACUGUCAAAUAACUUGUCUGCAGCGUGGGCUUGUUUCACCCUGUGACCCCAACCAGAAGAUCAAGACCAAGCUCAAAACACUCUCAGAAGACACUGAAGUGCUGUGAGAGCUCAGAGCUGGUUCAGCUCUGCCCAGUGUACUGAUUGUGUGCUCAAGCCAUGUCAAACACGUGUGUACCUCCGUGGUCUCCUCCCCCAGCCAAAGCCAUGCCUGCAAUGAAAGUGACUUCCUGCAGUCUCCCACGCAGCACAUCACCUGUGAGCUCUGCACUGCUCAUUUCCUAUAAGCUCGAGAGACUGGAACUGAGCUCUGGAAAAACAAAGUGGAGCUUGGAGCAUGUGGCCUGAGGAUUGCCUUACACAGCCAGGGGAGGUAGCUGAGCAGUGAGCAGGAUGCCCCCAGGCAUUUACUGCCCUACGGAAUUCUGGUCCAAGGGGGAAAACCAAAACAUCCAGGUGGACUUUUUGCUGCCCACAGGAAUAUACUUAAACCUCUCAGUGCCCUGCAAUGCCAGCCUGGGCACCAUCAAGCAGGUGCUCUGGAAGCAGGCGCAGUAUGAGCCGCUGUUCCACAUGCUCAGCGACCCCGAGGCCUACGUGUUCACCUGCAUCAACCAGACGGCCGAGCAGCAGGAGCUGGAGGACGAGCAGCGCCGCCUCUGCGACAUCCAGCCCUUCCUGCCCGUGCUGCGCCUCGUGGCGCGCGAGGGCGACCGGGCCAAGAAGCUCAUCAACUCCCAGAUCAGCCUGCUCAUCGGCAAAGGUUUGCACGAGUUUGACUCCGUGCAGGACCCGGAGGUGAGCGAGUUCCGUGCCAAAAUGUGCCAGUUCUGCGAGGAGAAGGCGGCCCAGCGGCAGCAGCUGGGCUGGGCAGCGUGGAUGGAGUACAACUUCCCCCUGCAGCUCGAGCCCGCCACCAAGGGCCUCUCCUCUCUGCAAAUCCCCACUAAGAACAUUUUUGUCAACGUCAGGUUCCAGUCUGGCGGGGAGAGCUUCACGUUCCAGAUCUCCCCCUGGGAGUUCCCCAUCACCCUCAUGAGCUGUGCCAUUAAGAAACAGGCCACCGUGUUCCGCCACGAGACCGUGCAGAAGCCAGAGGACUACACCCUGCAGGUGAAUGGGAAAUGUGAAUAUCUCUAUGGGAACUACCCCCUGUACCAGUUCCAGCACAUCCGCAGCUGCCUGCAGCGGGGCCUGACCCCCCACCUGACCAUGGUGCACUCCUCUGCCAUCAUUGCCAUGAGGGACGAGCAGACCAACUGCAUCACCAGCCCCCCAAAGGCAGCCUCCAAGCCCCCCCCUCUCCCCAAGAAAAAGCCAAACUAUGGCUCUCUCUGGUCCUUAGAGCAGCCUUUCUACAUCGAGCUGGUGCAAGGCAGCAAGGUCAAUGCAGAUGAGAGAAUGAAGCUGGUGGUGCAGGCAGGGCUGUUCCACGGCACCGAGAUGCUGUGCAAGACCGUGUCGAGCUCGGAGGUGAGCGUGUGCUCGGAGCCCGUGUGGCGGCAGCGCCUGGAGUUCGACAUCAGCGUGCGCGACCUGCCGCGCAUGGCCCGGCUCUGCCUCGCGCUCUACGCCGUGGUCGAGAAGGCCAGGAAGGCUCGCUCCACCAAGAAGAAGUCCAAGAAAGCUGACUGCCCCAUCGCCUGGGCCAACGUGAUGCUCUUCGACUACAGGGACCAGCUGAAAACAGGGGAGUGCUGCCUGCACAUGUGGUCCUCCUUCCCAGAUGAGAAAGGGGAACUUCUGAACCCCAUGGGCACAGUGCAGUGCAACCCCAACACUGAGAGUGCAGCAGCUUUGGUCAUCUGCUUCCCCAGCGUGGCAGCACAUCCUGUGUACUACCCAUCCUUUGAGCAGCUGCUGGAGCUGGGAAGGAAUGGAGAACAGCCCCGAGCUGCCCCAGAAGAUUCUGAGGAGAAGCUGCAGCUGAAGGAGAUCCUGGAGCGGAGGAGCCACACGGAGCUCUACGAGCACGAGAAGGACCUGGUGUGGAAGAUGAGGUUCGACAUCCGCGACCAGUACCCGCAGGCCCUGGCCAAGCUGCUCGUCAUCACCAAGUGGAACAAGCACGAGGAUGUUGCCCAGAUGAUUUCCCUGCUUCAGACCUGGCCAGAGUUGCCUGUCCUGAAUGCCUUGGAGCUGCUGGAUUUCAGCUUUCCUGACCGUUACGUUGGUUCCUUUGCUAUCAACUCCCUGAAGAAGCUGACGGAUGAUGAUGUGUUCCAAUACCUGCUGCAGCUUGUCCAGGUGCUCAAGUAUGAAUCCUACCUAGACUGUGAAUUAACCAAGUUCCUGCUGGAGAGGGCAUUAUCCAACCGCAAGAUCGGCCACUUCCUCUUCUGGCAUCUGAGGUCGGAGAUGCACGUGCCCGCUGUUUCCCUGAGGUUUGGGCUGAUCCUGGAAGCCUACUGCCGGGGCAGCACCCACCACAUGAAGGUGCUGAUGAAGCAGGGAGAAGCACUGAACAAGAUGAAAGCUCUGAAUGACUUUGUGAAAGUGAGUUCUCAGAAGGCCACCAAGCCUCAAACCAAGGAGAUGAUGCACAUGUGCAUGAAGCAGGAAACCUACAGGGAAGCCCUUUCCCACCUCCAGUCCCCCCUGAACCCCAACAUCAUCCUUGCUGAAGUUUGUGUGGAUCAGUGCACCUUCAUGGACUCCAAAAUGAAACCUUUGUGGAUUGUGUUUAAUAACGAAGAGACAGGUGGAGGUGGAGUGGGUAUAAUUUUUAAAAAUGGAGAUGAUCUGCGCCAGGACAUGCUGACUCUGCAGAUGAUCCAGCUGAUGGACAUCCUGUGGAAGCAGGAGGGCCUGGACCUGAGGAUGACCCCUUAUGGCUGCCUCUCCACAGGAGACAAGACGGGGCUGAUUGAGGUGGUCAUGCACUCGGACACCAUCGCCAACAUCCAGCUCAACAAGAGCAACAUGGUGGCCACGGCUGCCUUCAACAAGGACGCUCUGCUCAACUGGCUCAAGUCCAAGAACCCGGGAGAUGCCUUGGACCAAGCCAUCGAGGAGUUCACCCUGUCCUGUGCUGGGUACUGCGUGGCCACCUAUGUGCUGGGCAUUGGGGACCGGCACAGCGACAACAUCAUGGUCCGGGAGACAGGGCAGCUGUUCCAUAUUGAUUUUGGUCACUUUCUGGGGAACUUCAAGACUAAAUUUGGUAUUAAUAGAGAACGAGUCCCUUUUAUCUUAACCUACGACUUUGUGCAUGUCAUCCAGCAAGGAAAAACUAACAACAAUGAGAAGUUUGAAAGGUUCAGGGGUUACUGUGAAAGGGCCUACAUGAUCCUGCGGCGCCACGGGCUCCUCUUCCUGCACCUCUUUGCACUGAUGAAGGCUGCUGGGCUGCCAGAGCUCAGCUGCUCCAAAGACAUCCAGUACCUAAAGGACUCCCUGGCCCUUGGGAAAACUGAUGAGGAGGCACUGAAGCACUUCAGAGUGAAGUUUAAUGAAGCCCUGAGGGAGAGCUGGAAAACCAAAGUGAACUGGCUGGCACACAACGUCUCCAAAGACAACAGGCAGUAGAGCAGGAGCUGGCCCUGCUCAGAACAGACAGGUGCCUAAAGACUGAACAGUGGUGCAGUGUGCAAGAUCCCCCACCUCAUUCCCAGAGAUCAGACAUUGCUGCAUGACUGAAAAACUGUUGGCCUGUCCUCAGCCCCACCACCCUGGCUGCUGUACAUCGUUGGGGACAGGGGACAGACCUGAGGCAAUAAAACUACUGCAUACAGCCAAGGUAGGUAGAGGUACUGUACCCUUGAGAACUCCUUCAGCUUCAAAUACAUGUUUCAAGGGAAGAGUUGAAGCAGUUGUAACAUCCCUCCAGUGUGCUGAUGUCUGUAUUUCUAUUUUCUUGAAAAUUCAGCUGAGCAGAGAUCCCCCUAUGCCUGUAGCUGAUCUAGGACACCACUAUUACAGCUUAGAGGCAUUAACUUUGGUCACUCCUGCCCUGUGUCAGUGUCCACUGAGGUGGGUCAGCUCAAAGCACACCAAAGCUGACUUGGGUAAAUGUUUUUUAUCCUACCUUGAGACAGGAUAAAAACAUCCAGGCUGUCAUAUUGCUUUCUGUCUGCUCCAGAGGCCAAAGUGUUCUGAAACUGAGCUGGAACUCAGCUACUGCUGUCUAGAACUGAUGGCACAAAACCAGCUUUGAGGUGGCCACUGGAUCAGGUACUUUGCUUUCCAAAGUUAGGCUUUAGUUGAGCCUCAAGUAAUUCCUGCAUUUCUGCAUUUAUUUUGGUUUCAAACCUGAAAACGCUAAGAUUGCAUUUUCAAAUUAAAGUACUUACUGCUUUUCAUAAAAGAUGUUAAGCUAUGAGGUCUGUUCUGGUUUGGAUCUAUUCAUACAAACCCUGCUGCCUCUCAAGCACCUCUUGGUAGAAGCAGCAGUUCUGGCAUAGAAGACGCCUCAUUUUAAUUUAAUCUAACCCUGGGAGAGCCUCUUUUCCUACAUCUUCAGAUGAUACUGUGACUCAAGCACUCAGGCUCUAACAGCUGCUUUGGUACUAGAGGGAAAUACUGCAGGAUCUAGAGCUCUAUGCAGGCUGAUCAGUGAGAAACAGUCCUGUGCCUCUGCUCCAUGUUAUAGAGUAAAUAUUGCUGGUUCCUUGCUUAUUAAACUAACUUACAGAGCAAAAAGUAUGCCAAAAAAAAAGUCUCGGGCCCUGUGCAAGGUGAGAUGCACUGAAAGCACAUCCCCAGUCAGGUUCUUGUGGAAGGGAAGACACUACAACUCCAGAACUGCAACAGCAACUCUCUUGCAGUGCCAGAGCCUGGUGUUCAGGGUGCUGCAGCACUGGCCCCCUGCUCUCCUCAGGCCCUCUCACAGCAGAAAGGCCAGGCCCUCACAGAUUCAGAGCAGUGGCUCCUGUCCUGCCCCUCACUUUGAGAAGUGCAAUAACACAAAGGUGUAUCAGUAUCAGCUGCAAGAGCUGAGCACAGUUUUACAGAGCUUACUCAGUCUGGAAAACUUGACUUACCUACGAGCAGAGAAAAUUCAGAGUCAUCGUGUGGACCUUCUUUUUUGUACACCCUGGGAGGAUUUUGGAUAAAUCUCUGACAGCUCUGUUGGGUCAGCAAAGAGCCUCUGACUCCAAAUUCAUAAAGCAGCAGCUCACCUGAUGGUUUUCAGCAAGCUGAACUGUACUAAGGAUAGAAACUUGGAUAAUUUUCAAAAAUGUUCCAUUUCAUUACAAGUGGCUUCUCAUUUUUAUAAAUAUGCUCAGAAUGAUAGACCUAUUUCUAUUUAUUUAGAGAUGUUUCUGUCAUUAUUUUUUUUCAACUCUGUACAAACUGAUUGUGCUUAUUCUGUUGCCUUUGAAAAAGAAGUAUUUUUUUAAGCCAAGCCGUGAUUCUGCAAGAAGAGAAUGUUUACAUGUUUAGCCUUUCAGUUGCGUUAGGUACAUGUUUUGUAAAUAAGAAAUAAAAGAUAUGGACAAAUUGUACACAAA